CUUCCAGCACUGGCACCAGAGAGGCGCACAACCAUGACAUGCAGCGCUGAGCGAGGACGAGGACGAGGAGAGCUGCUCGACCACCACGCCACCAUUUCAGGUUGAGUGACGAGCCUCCUGUCUCACCGCCACCAUGAUAGCGACGGGUGGCCUGCUGCGCAUGAACCGGCGCCAGGAUUCCCUCCGCUCCAAAAACCGCGCAGAAAACAAAAGGAAGCGGAAAUCCAAGAAGAAGAAGAAGAAUGAUGUGGUGGUGGUGAAGGGGAAGCUCAAUCUGUGCUCCCCGGCCGGGUUGGUGGCAGCUGUUGGAGUUAUAGUUCUCAUGGUGGGGAUUUCUAUGGCUGUACUGGGCUACUGGCCCAGUCAGAGCCAGCAUGAGUACCAGGAGCGCCGCAGAACUGGAGUGUACCACACCAACAGAGUCAGCUACCCCAAAAUCGUGACCGUUUCCUCCAAUUUGACACAUGACAAGUCCAGCUCCGGCCAGAUUCCUUCGUUUAACCAGAGCCAUGCUAACAGCAGCACCGCUGAGCCCACCCGUCACUGUGGCUUCCUCUGUGACUUCCUGGAUCGUUACCUGUACUCAGACAAUCUGAAGGUCUUUGGCCCACUGGUGAUGGGGAUCGGCAUUUUCCUCUUCAUCUGUGCCAACGCUGUCCUCCACGAAAACCGUGACAAGAAAACCAAAAUCAUCAACCUGAGAGACAUCUACUCCACGGUGAUAGAUCUUCACAGCAUACGGUCAAAGGAGUACUCGCCUCUGAACGGUUUAGUGAACUACACUCAGUCCAGGAGCGCCGAGGGCCCCUCCGGCUCCUUCCCUGCGAGUGGGACGCUCACUCGCAGCUCCUGGCCGUCCACCGCACUCGGCCUGCAGGGCGAGUUUGGGGGCGAUGGCGCACUGAGGCGCACGUCUUUAGCCGGCAGGCCUCGUAGCUGGUCCAGAGAUGUCCAGACCUUCACAGACACGGUCUACAGCAUCUACAAAGACUACAGCAAUAGCGGUAAGCAGGCACCGCAGCCUCGACAGUGGGAGACCACAUCCAUCGUCACCUCCUCGGUGAACGCCUUCACCCUCCCUGUGAUCAAACUGAACAACUGUGAGGUGGAGGAGUCAGAGAGAGCGGAGGAGGCAGCUGAAGACAUCAGCGACGAUGAGACCCAAACAGAGAGGGACACGUCAACGACAGAGCAGCCCGCAGCCCGUCACAGCCAUGAGGACAUGUCCACAGACACAGUUAACCACCAGGGGGUGCCACAGUGGACCCAGCUGUUCCCUCCAUCACCUGUUGCCAGGGCAAUGGGUUCACGUCUGUCGCUCAACUCCCUCACGGAUCAGCCCCGGUCUGUGAGGCGGUGCAGCCUGUCUGUGUCUGUGUGUAGUCAUGGCGACAGAGGCAGGCGCUUGAGCUGCCCUCGCCUGGAGCGCUCCAACAGCAAGGGCUACAUCAAACUGACUGAUCUGGGGGGCGACUCCUUCGAAGCCCCCGACACCGACACUUCUUUAGUGGCCACUGAACAGGAAGUAGCAGUGGACACAGUAGCAGCGGCGGAGGAAGGAGCUCAGGGAGAGGACGACCUGCUGACGAGCAGCACGUCUGCUGCAGAAUAACAGACGUCUGUGGCUUUGUCUCGUUCUUUCUGCAGAUGUGAAGCAGAUGUGAAGCAGCAAAGGACUAUUGAAGCAUAGCCAUGAACCGUGAGGAGCGAGGAUCUUUACAAACGCCACACCCACAGCUCAACACACAGAUGUACAUUUUCUAUUUUUUUCAAUGUAGCAAGAGCAAUACAAAGACCUAUGAGGAGGUUCAGUAAAGAUUGAGAAGGAAAAUCAAAACAGAACUUUUCUUUUGUACACCACAAUAGAGCGAACACUGUAGCUAUAGUAGAAUAUGAAAAAGUGUUGUCCUGUAGCACUGACACAUGCCACAGAAACUCUCUAGUCUACCUUGUUGUGUGUGAAUAUCAUGUGAAAAAGUGAUAUGACUUGAAUCUCAGGUAGAAGUUUGGUUUAGGAUCAGGACCUUGAGGACAAGGUCUUCCCAUGUGCACCACACUUGUUUAUAUGAAUCAUUCAUGGUUGAAUAAACUUGACUGUAACACCUGUC